UCUCAACGCGUUCGAUCCCAGAAAAGUAAACAGCACGUUUCACAAACACAAAACGGCUGUGACCCAAAAUCACCGUUCGCCAUAUACGUAUAGUAUGAUUCCGACGCGGAAAAACCGCUUCCGUAGGAAACUGAACGGCCUACGGGAACAAGAAAACGGCCGUGCAUUUCAAUUCGGACACCGAAUUCAUGAAUAGAAAUCACGUGGGCAACAAACCGUACACGGGGAAAACGUGUCUCAUCAGUUCUUGGUUGACUUUGUUGUCGGUCGGUUUGCUGUUUACGUAAUAGUUUUCUGUGCGGCAACUAUUGUUUUUGUUUACAUUUUACGGGACUGGGAACAAUAUCAAUUUUGUGUGGAGAACACCGUGCAUUUUAAUGAUAAUGCAACGUCAGACGUUCAGGACAACUGCUUCACAUUCAUAAUCGCAACCAACAACCUAUCACAACCGUUUCGACGUUCUCCCGCUUAUCUAGAGACUAAUUAAAGGUACAGAAGCAAAUUUCUGAUGGUCGAAUGGCGAAAAAGUGCUGUAGUACAGACUGUGUUAGCACAGUGUUAACCAUUUACAAUAUUAUCUUAUUGAUCACUGGAGUGGCGGUGAUUGGAAUUUCUUCAUGGAUAGUUUACAACAGUCAUUUUUACGUGCCAUUACUUCCUUCCGCCAGUUUUCCUACUUUGUUAUACGCCUUGUUUACUUCCGGCCUUUUGGUUGCGAUUGUUGCUGUACCAUUCGGUUUUCUGUCCGUUGCGAAACAUAAUCAAAUCUUCAUUUUAUGCUAUGUUUUCGUGUUGCUGUUCGUAUUUCUGCUACAAGGAAUGGUGGGCGUUAUGUCUUACGUGUUCCAAGAAAGUAUGGAGGACCAACUGAAACUGAAUCUAAAUGAAACGUUGAUGGUAAAAUAUUCAAUUGACGACAGAAUAACGAGCGCAACUGAUCAAGUACAAGAGACCUUUAAGUGUUGUGGUUCGGAAGUUGUGGCAGACUGGUUGGAGAGCGUCUGGUACCACACCAGCGACAGAACCAGGAAAAUUCCGGACUCCUGCUGUAAAACAAUAAGCGAAGGUUGCGCCAGAGUCAGCAACCGACCAUCCAACAUCAACAUUAGCGGUUGUUUAGAGAAAAUUGCUCAAAACUCGAGCGAAUGUUUGUGGUUUAUGAGUGCGACAGGAAUCGGUUUGUUCGCCUUCAAUAUUAUUGGAGUGUUAUUGGGAAUGUGCCUUUAUUUGAAACUGAAAAACGACGACUAUCCUGUCGAGCCGCCGCUUCUCAGCGACCAAAACACUUUACAACGACCCGGAAAUAAAAAAUAGUUAUUUAUUUCAAAUAACAUAUCAAUUUGUACUUAAAUCCACCACCUUUUCUUAGUAGCAAACUUAACAAGCGUAUAAAAGAGUUUCUAGUCCGCAUUUAUUUGUUACGGGUGCUAAUUAUUGUUACUCACCCUUUUUAGAUCUAUAUGUAUGUUAGUUUUAUAAUUGUUUUUAAUAAUUAUUAUUGUUGUCACCACAUUUCAACUAUUCCACUGAUUUUAAUUGUCUUGUCUCCUUGAAUUGUGUUAACGCUUAUUUUAAUAUGACUGUGAUUUUAUAUUUAUACCUAAAUAAAGUUACUCA